UGUAUACGGCGUGUAGAGUCCUGGAUACGUCUGCACCCCAUCAGCCAGAGGGGGAAUGUGCUAUAAAUUUAGUUUACAGCCUCGGCUGAAUCUAUAAAAGCAGGAGGACGAAGGCGACAACUUACCUCCUCCUCCUGAAGACCUGGAAGCAGAGGUUUCUUCCUUUCUUUGUAGUGAAAAUGUUUGUGGCCCUGAUUUGCAUCUUGGCCCUGCGUCAAGUUCACACUGCCUGUGUUGUGCAAGACAUUUGCCCACAAAACACGACGGUUCAGGCGGAGAUCGUGGACCUGCACAAUGCCCUCAGGAGAGCGGUGGAGCCUACUGCCUCUGACAUGCUGCUAAUGAGCUACAGCGACGAGGUGGCGACCAGUGCUCAAGCCUGGGUCGACCAGUGCAUCCUGGCUCACGGAGCUCCAAGCACCCGCAUGCUCAACGGAUAUGAAUUGGGGGAGAAUCUGUUCUAUUCAUCGGUUCCUUCCACAUGGAGUUCGAUUAUCAAUGUCUGGCACAGUGAGGUGUCACACUACCUUUACCCCAAUGGAACCACCAACAAACACGCUAUCGGCCACUACACACAGGUCGUGUGGAACAGCUCAUACAAAAUUGGCUGUGGAAUGGCACUGUGCCCAAAUAGCAUCUAUUUUUACGCCUGCCAUUAUUACAGAGCAGGGAACUUCAGGAGGUGGCCGCCUUACAAAGCUGGACCUCCAUGUGCUUCCUGUCCCAACGCUUGUGUGGACAAACUCUGCACCAACCCCUGUCCUUAUAUAAACCAGUUCAUCAACUGUCCAACCUUAAAAGCCAUCACUGGAUGCAGUAACACCCUGGUACAAACCUGGUGCCCCGCCUCAUGCAAAUGCACCACGGAGAUCAUUCCCAUCGCGUAAACACUCAGGUGCUACUUUAGCCUGCAGUGCUAACGUGUGAACCCCUGUAAUAAGCUAGCUGUACUGCAUCGAUGUGCUUAGAUAAUCCUGCAAAAAUGUACAAGAAAAUAUGUAAGAAAACACAAGAAAAUAAAGACAAAUCUGCUUU